CGGCCGUGACGUAGGGGGAGAGGGUAGCAACAGUUGCCUCGAGACCCGGCGCGAGGCGCCAUAGUGACCGUAGCCCUGGAGACUGUUACUUGCCAACGGGAGCAACACGCAGCCCCGGCGGCCGGAGCCCAGCGCAGCCCGCGGAGCCCGGCGGGGAGGGCAGCAGUGAGCAUGCAGAGUUCGGAGGGUGGAUCAGAUUCAGCAGCUUCUGUGGCUCUUCAUACUUCUGCCUCAGCCCAAGCUCCGGUAGUGCAGCCUGUGCCAGCGUCUCAGCAGAGGGUCUUGGUCCAAGCAGCAGGCUCCGCUCCCAAAGGAGCGCAGAUGCAGCAAAUCUCUGUUCCCAGAGUUCAACAGGUUCCACAACAGGUGCAAUCUGUGCAGCACGUAUAUCCAUCCCAGGUCCAGUAUGUGGAAGGAGGAGAAGCUGUUUAUACCAAUGGAACCAUACGAGCCGCCUACUCCUACAACACCGAAGCUCAGAUUUACGCCCCCAGCAGCGCUGCUUCCUAUUUCGAACCGCAGGGAGGUGGAGCUCAGGUGACUACAGCGGCAUCCUCUCCUACGGCCAUUCCCUCUCACAACAUGGUGGGCAUCACCAUGGACAUUGGGGGAAGUCCGAUCCUCUCCGGCUCGGGAGCCUAUCUCAUUCAUGGGGGGAUGGAAAACACUAGACAUUCUCUGUCACAUACUUCACGCUCCUCUCCAGCAACGCUUGAAAUGGCGAUUGAAAACCUACAAAAAAAUGAAGGGAUUACAUCACACAAAAGCAGUUUGCUCAACAGCCAUCUCCAGUGGUUGUUGGACAACUACGAGACAGCGGAAGGCGUGAGCCUUCCCAGGAGCUCUCUGUAUAACCAUUACCUGCGGCACUGCCAGGAGCACAAACUGGAUCCAGUGAACGCCGCUUCCUUCGGAAAACUCAUCCGCUCGGUGUUCAUGGGGCUGCGGACUCGCCGCUUGGGAACCAGGGGCAACUCCAAAUAUCACUAUUACGGGAUCCGUCUAAAGCCCGAGUCUCCGCUCAACCGCUUGCAGGAGGACACCCAGUACAUGGCGAUGCGGCAGCAGCCCAUCCACCAGAAACAGAGGUAUAGACCAGCCCAGAAGAUGGAUGGCAUGGCAGAGAGCGGAUCCAACAGUAGCCUGCACACUACUCCUGAACAGUCGGUUGCUGCUCAGAGUCAACACCAUCAGCAAUUCAUAGAUGUAACCCAUGUCUUUCCGGAGUUCCCAGCCCCUGAUCUAGGUAAUGUCCUCUUGCAAGAAGGGGUCACCAUGAAUGAUGUCAAAACCCUGCAGCUUCUUUACAGACGACACUGUGAGGCGACUUUGGAUGUUGUAAUGAACCUCCAGUUUCAUUAUAUUGAGAAACUGUGGCAAUCCUUCUGGAGUCCUAAAACACCAUCUAGUGAUGGCUCUACUGCCCUGCCAUCCAGUGAAGAAGAACAUGAAGGGACCCUCCCAAAAGAUAAGCUGAUCACUCUGUGUAAAUACGAACCUAUCCUCAAAUGGAUGAGAAGCUGUGAUCAUAUCUUGUACCAGGCCCUGGUGGAGAUUCUCAUCCCUGAUGUGCUCAGGCCAGUGCCCAGCACGCUGACACAGGCGAUUCGUAAUUUUGCCAAGAGUUUGGAAGGGUGGCUGAUGAACGCAAUGAGUGAUUUCCCUCCGCAGAUUGUCCAGACAAAGGUCGGGGUGGUGAGUGCCUUUGCACAGACGUUACGGAGAUACACGUCCCUGAACCACCUGGCUCAGGCAGCUCGUGCGGUGCUCCAGAACACCUCCCAGAUAAACCAGAUGCUCAGCGAUCUCAAUCGGGUCGACUUUGCCAACGUGCAGGAGCAAGCCUCGUGGGUGUGCCAGUGCGAGGAAGGCAUGGUCCAGAAGCUGGAGCAGGAUUUCAAGCUCACGCUGCAGCAGCAGAGCUCUCUGGACCAGUGGGCUAGUUGGCUGGAUAACGUCGUCACCCAAGUCCUAAAGCAUCACGAGGGCAGUCCCAGCUUCCCCAAGGCUGCCAGGCAGUUCCUGUUGAAGUGGUCUUUCUAUAGCUCCAUGGUGAUCCGUGACCUCACCUUGCGCAGCGCUGCCAGCUUUGGUUCCUUCCACCUAAUUCGCCUCCUUUAUGAUGAAUACAUGUUUUAUCUGGUAGAGCAUCGCGUUGCCCAGGCAACAGGGGAGACUCCGAUUGCCGUAAUGGGAGAGUUUGGUGACCUCACAUCCAUGUCCCCAACACUGCUGGACAAAGAUGACAUUAGUGACCUGGGGAGUGAGGUGGACACAGAUUCCCGGAGCAUGGGGGAGCCGCUCGUGAAGCGAGAGCGCAGCGACCCCGGACACUCACUGCAGGAGAUCUAAAAUGGGGACUUGGCUUUUCUCCAGCUGGACGAAGACUUCCGGAGCCAGGUUUGACAGCCUCAAGCCUGAGUCUCCCCAUUAUCUGCAUUAUUAGUGCCUCUUAGUUUCUCUUUAUGUUUACUUCUGUUUGAGGAAGGGUUCCUGGUGGUGAGCCCGGGUGGGUGGUGGGAAAGAAUUGCAGACUGUCCGUGCAGGAAGAACAUGCAGGAUGCCUGCUGUCCUCCAUCUCUCUACUGGUAGAAGCAGCACAAUUGCUGGGUGGAGGGUGAAGGUCCAAAGUCUGCUAAAGAGAGAACGAAGCCUCCGUGGUUAGCAGCGGAUCGGAUGUGCCUGGUUAGGAGAGGCUGUCCUCAACCAGUCAGGCCGCUUUGGAGCAGCGUGAGCGAGGUGGGCAAAUGAGGAUUUCUCUUUCAGGGAAGGUGGUUUAGGUUUCUUCCCCACUUCUCAGACUUCACUGUGAUACAAACUUGAACCAAUCAGUGCCCAAGAAGAAGGAGAAAUACCUGACCCUUCUCCUACAGUCUUGCAAGACAAGCUGUCCUGGCUCUGACUUUGCCAAAUUGUUCGUGCUGGGGGAGAACAGCGGAGCGCGAUGUUCUCCUGUCCCGCCUGGGGAGCGGGCUCCAGGCCGUUCACCUCCCCAGGGCCUGCAGCGUGGUGCACAGACACACUCUGGGACUCGAGGACGCAGCAUUCCUACCAGCGUUCCUGUGUCCUGCCGGCUGCGCUUCUUGUGGGUGAUCUGCGAAUGAUCCCGGGACUCUGUCAGGCCAACUCCAGAUACCAAAGGACUCUGAGGACACGGCAGCCAGUCACCGGGCUUGUUCCUUGCCCUCUGUUGCCCACGGUCGCGGCGGGUCCCAUCCUCCCCAGGGCAUCCAUGCAGAGGGGAAUUAAUCCCGCAUCCUGGGCUCCCAGCAGGGUUUUCACGCUUGACGUCCAGCUAAAACACUGAACGUAGGGCGCAGCUGGCCCCGCAUUCGGGCCCGUGGCUGGAGCGUGGACGAGGUGUGAGAGUGCAGUGCCUUAGGGUGGGCUGCUUGCCUGCUUUCCCCACCGCUCUGGGUGAGCCCGCGCAGCGGGGCGAUGCUCAGACCGAGGUCAAAACACAGCAGCCGUGUCCCACGUAGCAGUGAGGGACUCCACGGGGCCCGGUGGCCGGCGGUACGCUCCACACUACAGCGGCGUUUCCCUUUGCUGUAUCGCUUUGCCUUCUCCUGCCUUGUCGUGGUGAUGGCAGCUCCCCGCGGGGGUCUCCGAGCUGGGGGGGCCUCGGCUGUGGUUUAUUCACCCUUUCCGUGCCCUGUGGGUUUGCCUGGUAUCACGGACAACAGGGCAGAAGGGCAGUGGGAAUCCAUCGCCAAGCCGAACCACGACAGCAAACGCAAAACCCCAGUGCAAAUCUUUCUGUGAAUAAAUGCCGUGUCAUAAAUAGCUUUUAUUAUUAUUAUUUCUAAUGAUGUUUUAUACCAGUAUUUGAUGUGAGCUUUUCCAGGGGCCUCGUGUACAUUUGCAUAUCAGAGUAUAUUCUAUCCAAAUAUAAUAUUUACUCAUUCAAAAUGGUACUAAGGUAGCUGUGACACUUAAAAAAAAAAAAUGCUAAUGGAAAGUAAAAAGAAAGUGUGUAUAGUGGCACAUCUUUUCCCUCUUACUGUCCCGUGCUGUUGUCUGUCAGGGUGAUGUUUGUCUGUAAAUGUCUCCUAUCAAAGUAGCAGGAGAGAAAUGAGAAAGCUGGUUUAUUUUGUAAAUAAUAACAGUGAAUACUCCCCGGUCCAGAAUUUGCACUGCAGAUCCUGCUGAUGAGAUAAGAUGGUCUAAAACCAACUGAGCAACCAAGUCAUGAAUCCCCCCUGCUCCCUUGGAGUGUGAUGUUAACUUUAGCUGGUGCAUUGGCUCUUCUUUGCAGCCGCGAGCGACCGACCCCGACCACCUCCUGCUUGCCACGGAUGUGCAGACGAGGUGCUCUGGAGCUGUGCAGCGUAGUGCAAGGAGUCUGGAUACCCACCUCAGCCCCAUAUGCACAACCCCCCCGGCUAAACCUCAAUAGCAAUAAACGUAUAUCAAAUGCUCA